AUGGCCCGGCGCAGCGCCCUCUCCAUCCGCAUCGUGGAGGGCAGAAACCUGCCCGCCAAGGACAUCACGGGGAGCAGUGACCCAUACUGCAUUGUGAAGAUCGACGAUGAGGCCAUCAUCAGGACUGCCACGGUGUGGAAGACGCUGUCCCCGUUCUGGGGGGAGGAAUACGAGCUGCAGCUCCAGCCGGGUUUCCACAGCAUCUCCAUCUACGUCAUGGACGAGGAUGCACUCAGCCGUGAUGACAUUAUUGGGAAGGUCUGCAUCACCCGGGACAUGCUGGCAGAGCACCCCAAGGGAUACAGUGGCUGGAUGAGCCUCAGUGAGGUGGACCCUGAUGAGGAGGUGCAGGGGGAGAUCCACCUGCGGGUGCAGGUCCUGGGCACCCAGGGCAGCCAACGGCUGCGCUGCUCCGUGCUGGAGGCCAGGGAUUUGGCCAGGAAGGACCGCAAUGGUGCCUCCGACCCCUUUGUCCGCCUGCGCUACAACGGCAAGACACAGGAGAGCACCGUGGUCAAGAAAUCCUGUUACCCGCGCUGGAACGAGACCUUCGAGUUCGAGCUGGCUGAGCCCGCUGGGGAGAAGCUCUGUGUGGAGGUGUGGGACUGGGAUCUUGUUGGCAGGAAUGACUUCCUGGGCAAGGUGGUGUUCAGCAUCCAGGGGCUGGAAGUGGCCGGGCAGGAGGAGGGAUGGUUCAGGCUGUGGCCAGACAAGUCCAAACCAACAGAGGAGGAGCUUCGUGGCAGCCUGGGCUCACUGCAGCUGCAGGUGAAGCUUCGGGAUGAGACGGUGCUGCCCUCCCACUGCUACCAGCCCCUGGUGCAGCUCCUGUGCCAGGAAGUGAAAUUGGGACGCCAGGAUGGCCAAGUGCACCUGGUCACCCUCCUGGAUGAAACCACCACAGCUGAGUGCCGGCAGGAGGUCGCCAUCAACCUGGUCAAGCUCUUCCUGGGCCAGGGGCUGGUCAAAGAGUUCCUGGACCUGCUCUUUGAGCUGGAGCUGGCCAAGCCCUGUGAGCCAAACACUCUGUUCCGGAGCAACUCUCUGGCCUCGAAGUCGAUGGAGUCCUUCCUUAAGGUGACAGGGAUGCCAUACCUGCACUUUGUCCUGGGACCCACCAUCGCCCGUGUGUUCGAGGAGAAGAAAUACGUGGAGCUGGACCCCGGCAAGGUGGAGAUCAAAGACGUCGGGUGCUCGGGGCUGCACCGGGUGCAGACGGAGGGCGAGGUGAUCGAGCAGGGCCGACAGCACCUCCAGUCCUACCUGGGCGAGCUCCUGGAUGCUAUCGUCAGGUCGGCCCCGGCGUGUCCCCCACUCAUCCGCGCCGCUUUCCGCCAGCUCUUCCAGCGCGUCGGGGAGCGCUUCCCGCAGCACCAGCACGCCAAAUUUGUGGCUGUCACCAGCUUCCUGUGCCUGCGCUUCUUCUCGCCCGCCGUGAUGACCCCCAAGCUGUUCCAGCUGCGGGACGCGCACGCGGACGCGCGGACCAGCCGCACGCUGCUGCUGCUGGCCAAGGCCAUCCAGCUGGUCGGGAACAUGGAGCCAGCGGCCGGGCGCGCCAAGGAGACGUGGCUGUCGCCGCUGCUGCCCGCCCUGCAGCAGGGCACAGCCCGCAUGAGGGACUUCAUCACCCGCCUGGUGGGUACGGAGGAGGACAAGGGCGAGGAGGAGGGUGAGGGACGGCCGCUGGGGCCUCCUCCGGCCGUGGUGAAGGAGGGGCUGCUCCUUGUGCACAAGACGCGGGGCAAGGGGCCGCUGCUCGCUGCUGCCGCCGGCAAGAAACUUCAUUUCUGCCUCACCGGGGAGUCGCUCGGCUUCGGCAAGAGCCCCAGUGCAGAGCGUAUCGGUGCCAUCGCCCUGGGCGACAUCCUGGCGGCCGAGAAGGUGGAGGAGAAGAGUUUCGGCAGCUCCCACGUCAUGCAGGUGGUCUACACGGCCCCGGGCGGGCAGCAGGAGACAGCCUACCUGCAGUGCAAGUGUGUCAACGAGCUGAACCAGUGGCUGUCAGCGCUGCGCAAGGUGUGCGGCAACAACCCCCGCGUGCUCCGCUCCUACCACCCCGGCGUCUUCCGCGGGGACAAGUGGAGCUGCUGCCACCAGCGGGACAGGACAGGUUUGGGAUGUGACCGGACCCGGCACGGCGUCACCCUGCAGGACUGGAGUGACCCCCUGGACCCCGCGGUGGAGUCUCAGCGCCUCUUCCACCACCUCCAGGGUCUCCGGGGGACCCUCAGGGAAAAGUACUGGGAGCUGCUGGAGCCAGAGGCUGCCCAGAACGGCCCCCGGGGUGAAGAUGCGCCCCUGCCCGAGGGGCUGAGCCGGCUCUUCAAGGUGCUGGGGGACCUGGAGAGUUGUCACCGCCGGGCACAGCCCCCAGAGCCCCCGGCCCCAGCCCUGCUGCAGCUGCAGACGUGA